CCCGACCCCAAGGUGCAACAUUAAAUAAACUCAAGUUUAUUCCCGGAGCUCACGAUUUCCCCAAACACCUCGACUUGAACCCGUUGCGCUUGCCUUCCCAGUCAUCAACCCUACUUGCGCUCCGAGUCGCGUCAUCUUCAUCUUCACCCUAAUCAUCAUGGGUUGGGGAAAGCAACAUGUGCAGACCCCGCCGUCGACAAUCAGGCAACUCCUCCCCCUGAUCGUCACGUUCAUCGUCCUAAGCGUGGUGGGUUGGGUCUGCUACCAGAUCUACGUGUCGAUGGGCAAGAUCAAGGCACAGGCCCGCAAACAGAUGGGCGAAAACGUGUCAUUCACGAGGGACGGCGUGCGUCUCAAAGUUCAUGGUAUUGAAGACGAAUCGUACCUGGACAGGACGCAGAGUUGGGUCGUUAAGGCGUGGGAAUUGGGUACUGGCUCAAGUCCCAACGAGAAUGACGAAGCCGCAAGGCGAAAGAGGAAUGUCUUGACGAAGCCGAAGCCGGAUGGGGGCCAUCACUGAUUAGACAAGAAGUGAGGUAGACGAGUCGAGGCAAAUACAGACAUUUGCGGGUCCGCCAGCCGCCGUCGGCGUCGGCGUGUAAAUGAGUUCUGCUGCGUCUAACGUUA